AUGCAGACUGCUUCCACAAACAUUUGGGAAAGAAUGGGUCGCUCUCAGGAGCUCAAUGAAUUCAAGCGUGGUACCGUGAUUGGUUGCCACCUGUGCAAUAAGUCCAUUCAUGAAAUUUCCUUGCUAAUAAAUUUUCCACAGUCAACUGUUAGUGGUAUUAUAACAAAGUGGAAGCAACUGGGAACAACAGCAACUUGUAAUAAUGACAGAGCAGGGUCAGGCACGCUGAAAAGGGAGUCUGAUUUUGGACUCUCCAGCUUUAGUAAAUAAACCCCCAACUGUCUGCCAACUGUCAAUAUAAGAAAUAGGCCUCAAAACUUCGUGUGGCCUUCAGAUUAGCACAACGGCAGUGCAUAGAGAGCUACAUGGAAUGGGUUUCCAUGGUUGAGCAGCGACAUCCAAGCCUUACAUCACCAAGUGCAAUACAAAGUGUCAGAUGCAGUGG